AUGCGAAGGGAACUAAAUCGCUUGCUGUGCUCCAAACCUUCUAGUCGCCUCUCCCUCCAAUCCACAGUCGCCUCUCCCUCCAAUCCCGCCAUCGCCUCUCCCUCCUUCCCAGCCGCCGGUCGCCGCUUCUUCCCAUCCCACCGUCGCCUCUCCCUCUUCCCCGCCGUCGCCUCUCCUCCUCCCGCCGUCGCCUCUCCUCCUCCUCGCCGUCGCCUCUCCCUCCUCCCCGCCGACGCCUCUCCCUCCUCCCCGCCGUCGCCUCUCCUCCUCCCCGCUGUCCGCCUCUCCCUCCUCCCCGCCAUCGCCGCUUCUUUUCCCAUCCCGCCGUCGCCUCUCCCUCCUCCCGCCGUCGCCUCUCCCUCUUCCCCGCCGUCGCCUCUCCCUCUUCCCCGCGCGUCGCCUCUUCCUCCUCCCCGCCGACUCGCGAGAGCGGGUUG